AUGAAAUGCCGCAGUUUUAAAUAUUCGUGGGACCGCCGAACCACCGAGCGCUUGUUCUGGGCAUGCAUAUUUGCGCUCCUAUUCGCGAGCAUAGUCGUGUUCACCAUCUCCUCCUACUUUGUGGCGUCUAGUCUGACCAGGGUUUCUGAUUCUUCGCCAUCCGUCCCGACUUCAGAAUUGCAGGACGUGUUCCAGAUCUACCAUUCUGUUUCUCUUAAAGCUGGUGGAAACACAGGCUGCGAUGAUGUGCUGCUCGUGGAUCAUGGUAUUGAGCUGACUUUCAUAUCAGGAAAUUAUGAGCCCCCGAAUUGCAUGUUUGACACCGUCCGGAUCAAUCUCACUGUCACUUCCCGGGGAAGACAAUUCGAUCGAUUGGCCUCGUUGUAUCUCGGGGACAUCGAGGUGUUCCGGACUUCAACAGCAGAGCCGACGGAGGAUGGGAUUGUAUGGACUUAUAUGAAAGAGAUGUCACAGUACAACUCGCUAUGGAAGAGCCCUCAAACACUCAUAUUCGAUUUGGACAAUCUCAUUACUGACUUAUACACCGGAUCGUUCAAUGUCAUACUGACGGCACGGUUUUCAUACGAAGACAACGUCAGAACAGCAGACCUCAUACUUCCGAUCUCGGCCCAGAGGUCAGCUUUCCACAAUGCGAGUGCUUUCCAAAUCCCUUCAGACAACACCACGGUCAUUCAUACGAUCCCAGAAAGGGCAUAUCGUGCAGUCGUUUCGAUAUUUGCGUGUGGACAAUCGCAAGAAGAGUUCUGGUGGGAAAAUGUCUUCUCCCAGGACACUCGAGCCUUUGAGAAGACCGUGAUAGAGGUGUACGGAUACACGCCAUUUCGUGAGAUCCAACUCUAUAUAGAUGGGACUCUUGCAGGAGUUGUUUGGCCGUUUCCGAUGAUUUUCACCGGUGGGAUAGCUGCGGUAUUCUGGAGUCCCCUUGUUGGCAUCGACGCUUUCGAUUUCCGUCAGCCCGAGAUUGACAUUUCCCCAUUCCUGCCUAUGAUACAAGACGGCGAGCAGCAUUCGUUUGAGAUUCGAGUCACCGGACUAGAUGUCUCAGCGGACGGAAAUGUCGCAUUCUCAAACAUGGUGAACUCUUACUGGACUAUCACAGGGAACAUAUUCCUUUACUUUGAUGAUCGGUCUUCAGGUGCGGAUAAGAUUGUUUCCGAGAGCAAGCCACCUGAUGUGGAUGCCCCGAUGCCAGCUUUCGCCGUGACUCGAAACCUGACCCGAAAUCAAACCGGUGAAACCGACUCGCUAUCAUAUUCGAUGACCGUUGAGAGAUCUUUCAGGGCAACCUCAUCCUUGCAUUCGUGGUCUCAGAAAUAUUAUUUCUCUCAUCAGGGUCUACUCAGCUAUCAAGGACGUGUCCAGAUCAACACACAACUCACUGCUGGCAAUCACACUGUCACCAAUUUUGGUAACACACUUGUUUCAGAUAGUGUGAUAUUCAGGUACCCUUUGCAUGUCAAUGCAUCACUUGGUUCGUCGGAUAAUGGAUCUUUGGCCGAGUAUCAUAUGCAGAGAGGCCUUGAUAUUGAACGCACAGGAGGACCCGAUUUUUCCACAUUUACCAUGGGCACAGGGCCAUCUUAUCUGCACACGAGCCAGGCUGGUACUGCAUGGAAGAAUGCUGUUACCAGACAGGGUAUGACCUCCUGGGGUGAUACGCAUCAUGUGUUUGAGAGUGAGAUGGGUGGCCAAAGGUUCCAACGAAAUGUCUUCGCUUCAAACGGGAGUAUCGUGAAAGACACAAACCCUCAAAGUAGACACUCCAGUUGA